CAGCAUUUGAGAACCUCUGCCUUAAACAAAUCCACACUACAGAAAUAUCUGUCCUGAUCCUCCCCAGGUGUCAGAACCUCCCACACAUCAGAGUAUUUUAUUUACCAAUGUGAUAAACUGCCCCCAUUCCAUGCUCUCCUCCACAGGUACCUCUCCAUACAGCCGGCCCAUGGCAGACCCCCCUCCCUCAGCCUGGCUGACUGCAGCCAUGUCUCCCCCUUCCAAGCUGGGCUGUGCCAGUCAUUCUGGGGUCUGCAGGGAUAUCUCCAUGAAGCGUGUUGGGCCUGCCCCUACUGGGGGGCGCUCCAUGGAAGAGUUGCAGCAGGAGAGGGAAGGCGUGAAGCUAAAGGAAGAUCUGCAGUUCUAUUUUAUGAGCCCCUGUGACAAGUACAGAGCCAGGCGCCAGAUACCGUGGAAACUUGCCCUGCAGCUGCUGAAGAUUGUCAUGGUGACCACGCAGCUGGUCCUCUUCGGGUUAAACAACCAACUAGUGGUUUCCUUUAAAGAAGAGAACACGAUGGCCUUCAAGCACUUGUUUCUGAAAGGAUACACUGGCGUUGACGAAGACGACUAUAGCCGCACCAUCUACACUCAGAAAGAUCUCUACGACAACCUAUUCUAUGUGAUCCAUCAGUAUCAUCAGAUCAGGAACCUCUCGCUGGGUACAGUUGACUAUGACAAUGAUGCGAAGAAGAAGAAAGGACUGAAGAUCUGUAAGCAGCACUACCACAGGAAAUCUGUCCUUCCAUACAAUGAUACUUUCUAUAUAGAUCCCACUGUGGAAACAGAGUGUUUACAUGUGGACCAGGAGCAGCAUAUGAAGGGACAUUCUCAGGACCUCCUGCUGGCAAACUCCUCGUUCUUCAGCCUGGAGUUUCACAGACUCAUUAAAGUAGAAAUCUCCUUUAGGCUGAAAGGCAUUGAUCUGCAGACCAUCCGCGUCCGCGAGCUUCCAGACUGCUACUUGUUCCACAACAGGAUCACAUUCGACAACCAGGCGCACAGUGGCAAAAUGAAAAUCUUCUUCAACAGCGACGCUACAAUACAAGACUGCAAGGACUGGCACGUAUCCGGUUCCAUUCAGAAGAACACUCACUACACCCUGGUGUUUGAUGGGUUUGUUAUCCUCGUAUGCCUGACGUCCCUCAUUCUCUGUACACGCUCCAUUGUUCUGGCGGUCCGGCUACAGAGGAGGUUUGUGCGUUUUUUCUUGAACAACUACAACCACCACGUCUGCUCGUCCGACCGGCUGGAGUUCAUCAAUGGCUGGUACGUCAUGGUCAUUAUCAGCGAUUUGAUGACCAUUGUCGGAUCAGUAAUGAAAAUGGAAAUAAAAGCCAAGAACCUGACCUCAUACGAUGUGUGCAGUCUCCUCCUGGGAACAUCCACCUUACUGGUAUGGGUUGGUGUCAUUCGGUAUCUGGGCUACUUCCAAAAAUACAAUGUUCUGAUAUUAACCAUGCAAGCGUCACUACCCAAGGUGUUACGGUUUUGCUGCUGCGCGGGAAUGAUCUACCUCGGAUAUACGUUCUGUGGCUGGAUCGUGCUCGGACCGUACCAUGAAAAAUUCGAGGAUCUGAACACCGUGGCUGAAUGUCUCUUUUCACUGGUGAAUGGCGACGACAUGUUCGCCACGUUUGCGCAAAUCCAGCAGAAGAGUACCCUCGUGUGGCUGUUCAGCCGGCUGUACUUAUAUUCCUUCAUUAGUCUCUUCAUAUACAUGAUUCUGAGCCUAUUUAUUGCACUUAUAACAGAUUCCUAUGAAACCAUUAAGAAUUACCAGCAGAAUGGGUUCCCGAAGACAGAUCUGCACAAAUUUCUGCAUGGCGGCGACUACCUGUUUAGCACGCCCAAUAGUGAAAAUCGGGGAAUGAGCAUGGCCAGUCUGAUCUGCUGCUGCCACAGAACCCAGGAAGACGAUGACCUGAUCCUUAUAAACACAGGGCCGACGCGGACACGUAACUAAUGUUACAGAGGACUUUGGCCCGCUUGCUUGGUCUGUGGUGCCUUGCUAUGACUCCUGGGACACGCCUUUUAUAUGUCUCCGGAAUAUACACUUGUACUGAUGGGGCGACGGCGGUUUCUGUUAUUGGAGGAGAACGUUAUUAUCUGUUGGGAAAACACGGCACAAUGUAAUAAGUGUCUUCACGGAGACAAGAGGUCUUCUCCACGUGAUGGGCUCUCUCAGUCCAUAAACACUAGAUAUUCAAUUAUCAGGUUUCCCAACACGUGUCCCAGUUGGGAACAGAAAUUCCGGUAACACAGCCCAUCCGCUGCAGAGAAAUCUUCUGUUUUAUCUCUGAAUCAUUUAUGAAAGUGAUUUAUUUUUGUUAAAUGUGUUUAUGAAAGGAAGAUUAUUAAAGUAAAACGGGAAGUGCUUUAUAGUGAAA